AUGAAAAUUCAGGAGGGUCUGUUCUUGAUGGCCAUAAUCUCUCUUGCUUAUACACAUCUGGUCAAGGGCCAAUCAUUGCCAGGUUGCCAAACUAGAUGCGGAAACGUCUCAAUAGAGUACCCUUUUGGCACUUCUCAAGGAUGUUAUUACGCCGGCGACAAUAGUUUCAAACUCACAUGUAACGAAACAAAUAAGCUAAUCUUUGGAGGCAACGAAGUGAUCAACAUCACUCACAACGGCGAGCUUCGCGUUCUGGUUACUAGAUCCUAUGUGUGUUACAAUAGCCAAGGGAGCCAGACUGGCCGUAGUAACCGGUGGACUAGGCUUGGUAACUUAACAUUCUCCGACAAGAACAGAUUCACUGCAGUAGGAUGUAACACUUACGCGUUUCUCAACACUAAUGGAGUUGGAAAUUACUCAGUUGGAUGCAUGUCAACAUGUAGUUCUCCACGGGAGACUAAUGGAUCAUGUUCUGGUGGAGGUUGCUGCCAGACUUCUUCUCCUAGAGGAAGCAGCUACUUCAGAGUAAGACCAUACAGCUUUUCAAACCAUACUUCUGUCCAUAGCUUCAACCCUUGCAGCUAUGCUUUUCUAGUGGAAGAUGGUUUGUUUAACUUCAGAUCUUCAGAAGAUCUUAUGAAUCUGAGGAAUAUCACGAGGUUCCCUGUGGUUCUAGAUUGGUCUAUUGGUAAGCAUUCAUGUCAGCAAGUUGGAAGGACAAACAUAUGCGGUUUGAACAGUGUAUGUGCCAACUCUGUCCGUGGAACCGGUUACAUCUGCAAAUGUAAGGAAGGGUUUGAUGGGAAUCCAUACCUUUCAAAUGAGAAUGGUUGCCAAGAUAUCAAUGAGUGUACUACUAGUAGUACUGUCCAUAGACAUAACUGUUCUGAUUCCAGCACCUGUGUAAACACUAUGGGACACUUCCUGUGUACUUGUCCGUCUGGCUUCAACUUAAAUGCCACCACCAAUAGCUGCAUGCGUAAAGGCAAACCUGAAUAUUAUGGAUGGACUCAAAUUUUUCUUGGAACAACAAUCGGCUUUUUAGCCAUCUUACUUGUGGUUAGCUGUGUACAAAAGAAAAUAAAGCACAGGAAAAACACCGAGCUCCGACAACACUUCUUUGAGCAAAACGGUGGCGGCAUGUUAAGGCAGAGGCUCUCAGGAGCAGGGCCAUCAAACAUUGAUGUCAAAAUCUUUACUGAGGAAAGCAUGACGGAAGCAACUAAUGGUUAUGAUGAAAGCAGAAUCCUUGGCCAGGGAGGCCAAGGAACAGUCUACAAAGGUAUGUUACCAGACAACUCGGUAGUUGCUAUAAAGAAAGCUCGUCUUGGAGACAGCAGCCAAGUAGAGCAGUUCAUCAACGAAGUGCUGGUGCUUUCACAAAUCAACCAUAGGAACGUAGUCAAGCUCUUAGGUUGCUGUUUAGAAACUGAAGUUCCUUUGCUGGUCUAUGAGUUCAUUAACAGUGGCACACUUUUUGAUCACUUGCACGGUUCCUUGUUUGAUUCUUCUCUUACAUGGGAGCACCGUCUGAGGAUAGCAGUUGAAAUCGCUGGAACACUUGCUUAUCUUCACUCCUCUGCUUCUAUUCCAAUCAUCCACAGAGAUGUCAAGACUGCUAAUAUUCUCCUGGAUGAAAACUUAACAGCAAAAGUAGCUGAUUUUGGUGCUUCAAGACUCAUACCAAUGGAUAAAGAGCAGCUCACAACUAUGGUGCAAGGCACUCUUGGUUAUUUAGACCCAGAAUACUACAACACAGGGUUGCUAAAUGAAAAGAGCGAUGUUUAUAGCUUUGGGGUAGUCCUCAUGGAACUUCUCUCAGGUCAAAAGGCAUUGUGCUUUGAAAGGCCACAGACCUCAAAACAUCUUGUGAGUUACUUUGCUUCUGCCAUGAAAGAGAAAAGGUUGCAUGAGAUUAUUGAUGGCAAAGUAAUAUAUGAGGAUAAUAAGAAGGAGAUAGAAGGAGUUGCAAAAAUAGCUGUUGAGUGUACAAGACUGAUGGGAGAGGAAAGACCAAGGAUGAAAGAAGUAGCUGCAGCGCUUGAGGGCUUGAGAGGCACUAAAACCAAACAUAAGUGGUCGGAUCAGUAUCCUGAGCCACAAGAGGCUGAGCACUUGCUCGGUGUUGAAAUCUUAUCAUCACAAGGGGAUACUAACACCGUUGGCUAUGACAGUAUCAAGAAUGUAACAAGAUUACAUAUUGAAGCUGGUCGCUGAUAUUUGUCAGUCAUGCUCUCACAUAAUCUCAUGUAUAUCUUUUGUUUGUGGA